UCGAGAACUGCGCAAAGCGUUCUACGAGAAAACACUCAUCGCGUCUUUUUGCGCGUGCAUGCUUGUUUCUCACGAUUGUUAUGGUGUUUGAUAGUGUUUGACAAAUACGUAUUAUUAUUAAUAAUGGCGGUUCUUACUAAUGUGCAGGAUGUCCGUGAGAUCACAAAGAUAGAGCGUAUUGGUGCUCAUUCUCACAUUAGAGGCUUAGGCCUCAAUGAUAGUUUGGAGCCUCGUCAUGUCUCCCAAGGUAUGGUUGGCCAGCUUAUGGCACGCAGAGCCGUCGGUGUUAUCUUGGAGAUGAUUAAGGAUGGUAAAAUAGCAGGUCGUGCAAUUUUAUUGGCUGGACAACCUGGCACAGGAAAAACUGCCAUUGCUAUGGGAUUGGCGCAAGCUUUGGGUUUGGAUACUCCUUUCACAUCAAUGGCUGGUUCUGAAAUAUAUUCUUUGGAGAUGAGCAAAACAGAAGCCUUAACUCAAGCCAUUCGAAAAUCGAUUGGAGUUAGAAUCAAAGAAGAAACAGAAAUAAUCGAGGGUGAAGUUGUGGAGAUUCAAGUUGACAGACCAGCAGCUGGAGUUGGAGUAAAAAUUGGCAAAUUGACGUUAAAAACAACCGAGAUGGAAACAAUUUAUGAUUUAGGAAAUAAAAUGAUCGAUUGUUUAAUGAAGGAAAAAGUACAAGCUGGUGAUGUUGUAACAAUCGAUAAGGCAACGGGAAAAAUCAACAGGCUUGGACGUUCUUUCACCAGAGCUCGAGAUUACGACGCGACUGGUUCGCAAACACGCUUCGUGCAGUGUCCAGAGGGCGAAUUGCAGAAACGCAAGGAAGUUGUUCACACAGUGACUCUGCACGAAAUCGAUGUGAUAAAUAGCAGAACUCACGGAUUCUUAGCGCUGUUCUCCGGAGACACCGGCGAGAUCAAAUCUGAAGUGAGAGAACAAAUAAACUCUAAAAUCGCAGAAUGGCGGGAGGAGGGCAAGGCGGAAAUCGUCCCGGGCGUUCUUUUCAUCGAUGAAGUACAUAUGUUGGACAUCGAAUGUUUCUCGUUUCUCAAUCGAGCAUUAGAGAAUGAAAUGGCUCCAGUUGUAAUCAUGGCAACAAAUAGAGGUAUCACAAGAAUCAGAGGGACAAAUUAUAAGAGCCCGCAUGGCAUCCCGAUUGACUUAUUGGAUCGUAUGAUUAUUGUUCCAACAAGUCCGUAUCAAGAAAAGGAUCUGAAAGAAAUUUUAAAAAUUAGAUGCGAAGAAGAAGAUUGCGAAAUGGCUGACGACGCUCUGACCGUGCUAACAAGGAUUGCAUUAGAAACAUCGUUAAGAUACGCAAUACAGUUAAUUACGACGGCUUCCCUUGUUAGCCGCCGAAGGAAAACUGCGGAAGUCAGUAUUGAGGAUGUAAAACGCGUUUACUCUCUGUUCCUCGAUGAAAAUAGAUCUACACAAUUUCUCAAGGAAUAUCAGGAUGAUUUUAUGUUCAAUGAAUUCACUGCUUCAACUGAGGAAAGUAUGGCUGUUUCUCCAUAAUAUACUAUGGAAGUACACAAAUCAAAGUUUUUAAGUUCUGUAUUUUGUAAAACUGUUACAACAAAAGGUGUUGUAAUAUGAAAAUAAAAAUAUGAAAAAUGUAAAAAAUAUAAAAAUAUGAAAAUAAAAUUGACAUAUACUUA